UCAAUCCUUUUUUGUAAAAAAGCAAUAAGUUAUAAAAAAGAAAGAAACGCAUAUCUUGAAAAAGAGAAGAAGAAAAGAAAAUUUCUAAUGCCGAGGCAAAUACUUACAUGGAAGACGGUACUGGGAAUCCUGCAAACACCAUAUACAUUGGUAACCUUGACCAAAGAGUCACAGAAACGAUGUUGCAUGAGAUCUUUGAGACAGUUGGACCCGUUGUUAGUGUAAAAAUUGUAUCUGUUAGAAGACACGCUUCUUAUGCUGGUGUCAAUUACGCUUUUGUUGAAUUUGCUGAUCAAAAAGUAGCAGAACUCGCUAUUCAAGACAUGAAUGGCAGAAAAAUCUUUAAUUAUGAAAUAAGAGCAAACUGGGCCCAACAAUCCAAUCACCAAGCAAAAGAAGACACAGCUAAUCAUUUCCAUAUCUUUGUCGGUGAUAUUGCACCAGAAAUCACAGAUGAAGCACUUUAUCAAGUAUUCUCAGUAUUUGGAUCCAUGUCUCAAGCGCAUGUUAUGUGGGAUCCAGUAUCAGGAAAAUCAAGAGGCUUUGGCUUUGUUGCAUUUAGAGAUAAGGCAGAUGCAGAACAAGCUAUUGCUACCAUGAAUGGCGAAUGGCUAGGUUCUCGAGCCAUUCGUUGUAAUUGGGCUACACAAAAAGGUCAGACAGCCACGCCUGCUCCUCAACCAGGACAGCAAUUACCCUAUGAAAUUGUUAUUCAUCAAACACCUCCUUAUGUUACUAGCAUUUAUGUUGGUAACUUGCCUAUCAAUGUGUCUCAGGCUGAACUGGUACAACCAUUCCAACGAUUUGGAUAUGUUCAAGAAGUAAAACUUCAAGCUGAUCGUGGAUUUGCUUUUGUAAAGAUGGAUACACACGAAAAUGCUGCUAAUGCCAUUGUUCAUUUACAAAAUAUCAAUAUAAAUGGCAAUGCCGCCAAGCUCUCUUGGGGCAAAGAUCGUCCUCCUCCAGGCUGGCAAAACUACAAUGGUUAUCAUCAUCACCAUCAUCAACAACAACAACAGCAGAACUGGAAUAAUCCAAUGCAAUACAGAGGAAAUCAUCGCAGCACUGUACAAAACACAAAUAUGUUUGGUAUUCCUGCUCAUUUAACAAAUGGGUAUGCUUUCCAUAAUACUUCCAAUAUUCCUAGCCUUGAUCCUCAUACUGGUUCAGUUGUUGCAGCCGCUCAUGCUGCUCAAUGGAACGAACAAGCUGCAGUUGCUAUUCAGCAGCAACAACAGAAACAAUUGUAUGGUCAAUACAAUCCAAACAGCCGUUAAAAUAAAUUUGCUUCUCCUUUUUUUUCAUAUA